AUGGGGCUAGCUACUGUUAGAGCAUUUUGCGUUUGUGCUGCUGCUGCUUCAACCAUCGCAAAACCACCUCUUCACUACCAUUUCCUUCCAACCUUUUCUUUUCAGAAAAACUACAAACUCAAUCUUCAAAAAUCAAUUCAACAUGCUGCAAACUCAAAGCUAUCAUGUAGUUUACUCAAUGUGGAAACUGACAUAAACGAUGAAGCAUGUGAGUUAGUCAGUGGAGAGGAGCUUUCACUUGAGGAUGACCAUGACAAUAUACAUGCUUAUCUCUUCAAGGCAGUGAAAAAUAAUAAUGGAAUUGGCCUAUUGCUUCUUUCUGAUAUUUAUGGUUUCCAAGAUUCCUUCACAAGAGACUUUGCAUAUCGGGUAGCUUGCAAUGGUUUCAACAUUCUAGUUCCAGAUUUAUUUCGCGGAGAUCCAUGGACAAAGGACCAGCCAAACACUCUGUUCGAACAGUGGAUUGCUAGACAUAACCCUGAGAGGAUUGCAACAGACAUUACUGCAUGGACAGAAUGGAUGGCCGAUGAAUUCAUGACUUCGGAAGACUCCAGAAAACUUAGCAUACUUGGUUUUUGUUUUGGAGGUGGCAAACUGUUAGAGGUGUUAGCACGAGACCAAGGGGACAAUGAUCCAUUUUGUGCUGUAAGUGAAAUAGAAAAUAUUCACACCAAAAUUGAUACAAGUUCAAAAGUAGUGAUAUUCCCAGGUAGAGGUCAUGGAUUUGCCCACCGACCUGGAUCUCCCGAAGAAGAUAAGGAUGCUGAAAAAGCUUAUGUAAUUAUGAGAGAUUGGAUAUAUCAACACUUGGUCGUGUAA